CAUCCAGGAGUCACAGCUGAGCAUCACCUGAGCUGGGGCCGGCGCCCGUGAGCCGGUGGGUCCCUGUUUGAUCCCACACUCACACAGGUUUCCUCACAGACCGCAUCCCAGAUUUCCCAUAGCAGAGCCUCGGGCACAAUAAUUUAAUCUCCAUACAGCAACAGCAUAACAGCUCAAGGUGGUGCUUCCAGAGAGAGAUCCCAAACAAAGCAAUUCCACCCUCCUCCCCGGGCUUUUCUCCCCUCACAGUCUAAACUGAAAAUCUGGGAUGAUCGGCUCCUGCUGUGUCCCUGAGUGUCCCUCGCUGCGCCCUUUGUUAUGGAAAGCUCGGGCACUUGCCGGCCCCUGGCCUCGGGCUCCUGAUUGUUUCCCUCCGCAGUGCCCAGGGUGCUCUUGCAAAUCAACCCCCUGGGUCGGAUCAAACGGGAUCGUUUUUUAUGAGCCAUUUCCCGCUCCACCCCCAGAGGUCCAGGAGAUUCAGAGGUGUUGGAGGAGAUAAGGAAAGACUUCCCCGCUUCUCGGGAUCACCCCAAGUUUCCAUCCCGUUCUUCAGGGGACACAACGGGUUUUCUAAUCUGUGCGAUUGUAGCAGCCAGGGCUCCAAGGAGUUAAGGCGCUGCUGUGUCCCAAACGCUGAUAAGGAGCAGGAUGGAACAGGAUGCGACUGGAGAGGGAGCGCGGCAGAUAGGGCAGCGCUGCUCCGGAGGCCAACUCCCCCUCGGGACGCGGAGACACAACAAACACAGGACGAGGCCAGCGGGGAAGGAGCACGGAGAUGAGCAGAGAGGGAUCAAGAGCACCACAACCCUUCAAAGCCCUCCGACCCAAUUCCAGAAAGGUCCGGGAGCAGGAUUGCGCACACUCCCUCAUUUGCAUGGGAAGUGGGAAACCUGAUCCCGGGGCGGGGAAAAUUUACCCAUAAGAAGGUGCCCGCACAGCAUCCUCGGGACCCUGCACAUCCUGCAGACCCGGAUCGGCGCUGGAGCCAGGACUGAUCGGGGAUUUGGAGCAGCUGGGAAAAACCUGUGGGAAGUUCAGCCCCGCGUUUCACUCGGUCACCUCAGCUCUUCCUCUUCGCCAAAACCUCAAAACCAUGGGGUUUUUCGGAGAAGUUUAGGCCCAUUUGGGACUGAGGUUGAUUAGGAACUCCCUAAACGUUCCUCCCAGUGUGGUUUUUGGGGUUUUUCCCCCGCUCCUGGUGCUUGACAAUGGUUUAUUGUGCGGCCUUGAACUGCCAGAACGGCACGAACGGAGCCUACAAGAACAGCUCCAUCACUUUUUAUGGAUUCCCCCUACAAAACGAACCCCUCUUGAGGCAGUGGAUCCAAAACAUGGGCCGGGACAUGGAGACCCCCUCCAAAUACCAGCGCCUGUGCUCGGAGCAUUUCGAGGAGAGCUCCUUCGAGACGGAUCCUUUGAAAAGCCACAAGAGCCGGCGCCUGCUGAAGGAAGCUGUUCCCAACAAAUUCAUCCUGGGGGAAGAUGGGAGCUGGCUCGUGGGCACCCCCCAGGGUUUCUGCGGCGUGGGGAGGAACAAAACCCGAAAACGGAUCUGGAAUCCCAAGCGCUGGAGGGCCCCUGGGAUGUUUCCUCAGUGGCCACGACUGGAGGAUUGGCAGAAUGAGUUUUAUAAGCAACUUCUAAAGGAGAAAUAUGGAUCUUUGAUCACACUGGGAAGAGACCAUGCUGUUCCCAAAAGCCACGUCCCGGCAGGAGGAGCGGUGCAGGUCAAGGAGCCGCAGGAUUUGGUGGGAAGGAAAAUUCCUGCCAGCCCCAGCACAGGCCACGAUGGUGCCACGCUCAGCUCCCACCUGCAGGAUGCAGGAGGCACCCAGCUGCACGGAUCACCCUUGGGAGCAUCCCAAGCCCCGCACUGCCACAGCUCGGAGCAGGGGGAAGCGUCGGGGAGCGGCCACGACCCAGCGGCAAAGCCCGUGGCAAUGAGGAGCGGUAACAGCGUCCUGGCGGGGCGGGAGCUGGACGAGUUCCGGCGGUUCCUGCUGUGCCACCAGGGCCGGCCCGAGGAGGCGGCGGUGCCGUGGUUCAUCUGCACGCAGUGCGGGAAGAGCUUUGCCCGCCACGCGUACCUGCUGCGGCACCAGCGCACCCACAGCGGGCAGCGGCCUCACGCCUGCGCCGAGUGCGGCCGCAGGUUCCUGGCGAAGCCCACCCUCAACAGCCACCUCAGGACGCAUUUCCACAUCAUCCGCGUGCCAAAAGCCUUCCCGGGGUAGAUCUUUCCAGCUGUCAAAAUCCCUGCUCUGUGCAGAGGUGGGGGUUUAUGGUCCUGUGUGGAUUAGAGGGAAGCUUUGGGAUAAGGCAGUUGUCCUAAACUGAGUCAAGUCCUGAUUGGAUUUGGUGCUGGGCUAAUGGUCGUUGAUUAGGAGCUGAUUUUAAUUAGUGGCUGGAUAAUUCCUGUCGUUCUUACCAUGCUCCAUCCAGCAUCCAGGAGUUGGAUAGAGCAGCAUUGGCUGUACCAAAAAGGGGCAUUAAAAAAACCUGGUGCACCAACAGCACCAACGUGCUGGAGAACAUCCAGAGUAGCACAGAGAAACCCAGGAAGUUUUCAGGGAUGAAAAGUGGAGAAUUGGGAAUGGGAUUGUCCCCUGGUAAUUGAUGUUUGACGCAACCGAUUCCGGGCUUUAUUUCCCCCCUUCAGCUGCUCUCCCAUGACUGUACCUGCAGAACAAACUCUAUUUUUGGGUUCUAUUUCUGUACUGACCCCCAUCUAUUUCCUGUGGGGCGAGAUGCUGCUUUGGUGUCUGAAAUUCUGGGGAAAAAAACCCAUGGAUCUAUUCUU